GCUCGGACUGCCUUGCAACUUCCGGUUCGGACAAGUUGCAACACAAGUCACCGUUCCGUAGAUUUUUUGGAAAGGUUUCUUCCCCAGCUCAGAUUUCACCUGAAAUGUGUAAAUUUUUUUUUUUCCUCACUUCUUCUUGUUGAUCUUUCUUUCAAUCGGGGACAUCAAAGCAACUGGUUGAUCUUUGUUUAACCGUUUACAUCCAUUAUAUACCAUAUCAAAGCAUUUCUACGUUUCAUUCUUAUUUCCUAGCAUACCAUAUCAACGGUUUAAUCUAUCAUGAGCUCCACUCGCGCUACCCGCAGCACCACGGCUUCCACCAACGCUUCUAGCCCAACCGCCACCAACAGUGCUUCCAAUGCUACGUCAUCGACGCCUCGUAACACCUCACCGGCCACAUCGAGUGCGGCCUCUUCUCCCUCGACUCCCAAAUCUACCGCAUCCAAGAAGAAGAGUUCUACCAAGACUCUCAGCAGCAGUGCAAAACGUAUUUCCAAGGAAUUAGCUGAGAUCUCCCUUGAUCCUCCUUCCAACUGCAGUGCUGGACCCAAGGGCGAUAACCUGUAUGAAUGGGUCUCUACUAUUGCAGGACCGGCCGGUUCGCCGUAUGCAGGUGGCAUCUUUUUCUUGGAUGUGCACUUUCCACAGGAGUAUCCCUUCAAGCCACCAAAGGUAGUUUUCAGAACACGCAUUUAUCACUGCAAUAUCAAUAGCCAGGGCGCCAUUUGUCUCGAUAUUUUGAAGGACAAUUGGUCUCCGGCCUUGACCAUCUCCAAAGUUCUACUUUCUAUUUGCUCUCUGUUGACGGAUGCCAAUCCUCAUGAUCCUCUUGUGGGCAGCAUUGCUCAGGAAUAUCUCAAUGAUCGUGAAGAACAUGAUCGCGUGGCACGAGAAUGGACGAAACGAUAUGCAUGUUAAUUUGAUGAUGAAUCGCCUCUGUUAUUCAUCUUUACCUUCUUUCUCCUUGCUGUUUUUGAAUAUCAUUUGUGUAAAGUCUCCAUAGAAACAUCAUUUGCUCCCAUGCUCAACAGAUGGUAGUGGCCUUUAUGUUCAUCCUUCGAAUAAAAAAGCUUUUCAUUGUAUCAUAAAA